AUGAUGAGCAUCCCUCAUCUUGCCAACACUGCCCCAGCAUCCCUCAUCUUGCCAACACUGCCCCAGCAUCCCUCAUCUUGCCAUCACUGCCCCCAGCACCCGUCAUCUUGCCAUCACUGCCCCAGCACCCGUCAUCUUGCCAUCACUGCCCCAGCAUCCCUCAUCUUGCCAUCACUGCCCCAGCACCCGUCAUCUUGCCAACACUACCCCAGCACCCGUCAUCUUGCCAACACUGCCCCAGCACCCGUCAUCUUGCCAACACUGCCCCAGCACCCGUCAUCUUGCCAACACUGCCCCAGCACCCGUCAUCUUGCCAACACUGCCCCAGCACCCGUCAUCUUGCCAUCACUGCCCCAGCAUCCCUCAUCUUGCCAACACUGCCCCAGCACCCGUCAUCUUGCCAACACUACCCCAGCACCCGUCAUCUUGCCAACACUGCCCCAGCACCCGUCAUCUUGCCAACACUGCCCCAGCACCCGUCAUCUUGCCAACACUGCCCCAGCACCCGUCAUCUUGCCAACACUGCCCCAGCAUCCCUCAUCUUGCCAUCACUGCCCCAGCACCCGUCAUCUUGCCAUCACUGCCCCAGCAUCCCUCAUCUUGCCAACACUGCCCCAGCACCCGUCAUCUUGCCAACACUGCCCCAGCACCCGUCAUCUUGCCAACACUGCCCCAGCACCCGUCAUCUUGCCAACACUGCCCCAGCACCCGUCAUCUUGCCAACACUGCCCCAGCACCCGUCAUCUUGCCAACACUGCCCCAGCACCCGUCAUCUUGCCAACACUGCCCCAGCACCCGUCAUCUUGCCAACACUGCCCCAGCACCCGUCAUCUUGCCAACACUGCCCCAGCACCCGUCAUCUUGCCAUCACUGCCCCAGCACCCGUCAUCUUGCCAACACUGCCCCAGCAUCCCUCAUCUUGCCAACACUGCCCCAGCACCCGUCAUCUUGCCAACACUGCCCAGCACCCGUCAUCUUGCCAUCACUGCCCCAGCACCCGUCAUCUUGCCAACACUGCCCCAGCAUCCCUCAUCUUGCCAACACUGCCCCAGCACCCGUCAUCUUGCCAUCACUGCCCCAGCACCCGUCAUCUUGCCAACACUGCCCCAGCAUCCCUCAUCUUGCCAACACUGCCCCAGCACCCGUCAUCUUGCCAACACUGCCCCAGCACCCGUCAUCUUGCCAACACUGCCCCAGCACCCGUCAUCUUGCCAUCACUGCCCCAGCACCCGUCAUCUUGCCAUCACUGCCCCAGCACCCGUCAUCUUGCCAACACUGCCCCAGCACCCGUCAUCUUGCCAACACUGCCCCAGCACCCGUCAUCUUGCCAUCACUGCCCCAGCACCCGUCAUCUUGCCAACACUGCCCCAGCACCCGUCAUCUUGCCAUCACUGCCCCAGCACCCGUCAUCUUGCCAACACUGCCCCAGCACCCGUCAUCUUGCCAACACUGCCCCAGCACCCGUCAUCUUGCCAUCACUGCCCCAGCAUCCCUCAUCUUGCCAACACUGCCCCAGCACCCGUCAUCUUGCCAUCACUGCCCCAGCACCCGUCAUCUUGCCAACACUGCCCCAGCAUCCCUCAUCUUGCCAACACUGCCCCAGCACCCGUCAUCUUGCCAUCACUGCCCCAGCACCCGUCAUCUUGCCAACACUGCCCCAGCAUCCCUCAUCUUGCCAACACUGCCCCAGCACCCGUCAUCUUGCCAACACUGCCCCAGCACCCGUCAUCUUGCCAACACUGCCCCAGCACCCGUCAUCUUGCCAACACUGCCCCAGCACCCGUCAUCUUGCCAUCACUGCCCCAGCACCCGUCAUCUUGCCAACACUGCCCCAGCACCCGUCAUCUUGCCAUCACUGCCCCAGCACCCGUCAUCUUGCCAUCACUGCCCCAGCACCCGUCAUCUUGCCAACACUGCCCCAGCACCCGUCAUCUUGCCAUCACUGCCCCAGCACCCGUCAUCUUGCCAACACUGCCCCAGCACCCGUCAUCUUGCCAACACUGCCCCAACACCCGUCAUCUUGCCAACACUGCCCCAACACCCGUCAUCUUGCCAACACUGCCCCAACACCCGUCAUCUUGCCAACACUGCCCCAGCACCCGUCAUCUUGCCAACACUGCCCCAACACCCGUCAUCUUGCCAACACUGCCCCAACACCCGUCAUCUUGCCAACACUGCCCCAGCACCCGUCAUCUUGCCAACACUGCCCCAGCACCCGUCAUCUUGCCAACACUGCCCCAACACCCGUCAUCUUGCCAACACUGCCCCAACACCCGUCAUCUUGCCAUCACUGCCCCAGCACCCGUCAUCUUGCCAUCACUGCCCCAGCACCCGUCAUCUUGCCAUCACUGCCCCAGCACCCGUCAUCUUGCCAACACUGCCCCAACACCCGUCAUCUUGCCAACACUGCCCCAACACCCGUCAUCUUGCCAACACUGCCCCAACACCCGUCAUCUUGCCAUCACUGCCCCAGCACCCGUCAUCUUGCCAUCACUGCCCCAGCACCACUACCAAGCCAUCACUGCUACUCUGCUACACAUGACAAAUAUUGCCUUUGCAUCUGUGUAA